AUGGUCGAACCAGUGAUCAGUCUGAUUCUCGGUCGAGAGACAACAAAUGACAAAUUUAAAGGUUCACGCUUCACAUCAACAUCAGAGCAAUCUUGGCGUUUUCUUACGAUAUCUAACGUCAGCAAAGAGGAUGAAGCKACAUAUUUUUGUCACGCUGGAACAACGUUUUCACAGAAAUUCAACAACGCCACGUUUUUAGUUGUGAACGACCCCAAGCAGCAGAAAUCUGUUAACACUGAACAGAGCUGGAAGACUGAGUUUGUUCAGCAGAGAGACCUGAUAACUCUCCAGUGUUCUGAUGUUCGCUCCGAAACUAACGUCCUCUGUUCAGCUGGACACAGUGCAUACUGGUUCAGAACGAAACCAGAAGGAUUUCAUCCAGCCAUCCUUUACAUUCAGAGGAACAUCAGUGAUGAAGAUGUGGAGAGAAGUUGCUCUUACAGUUUUUCUGUACGAGACUCCUAUGAAAAUGGAGCCCACCUAUGUGCUGUUGUCACAUGUGGAGCAGAUCUGUUUGCUGAAGGAACAAACUUGAAGACAAGACAAGGARCAGACCCCCAUGUGAUUAUACUCGGAGGACUGUUGGCCGGUUCUCUUAUUGUGAUAAUCCUCUUAAUUUUCUAUAUAAAACAAAAUAAAAUUUGCAAAGGAUGCUGA